UGUCAAAAAUUGUCAAAUUUAACCUUCAAGCAUCACAAUUGUUUAUCAGCGAAAAGGUGGUUCGAAUAAUAAGUUGCUAAAUAAUAUUUUCGUAUGUGCAAACAUCAUUGAAUGCUUAAUGUUAAAAAAAAUGUAAGUUACUGUGUAUAUAGGUGAGAAUAACCGGUUAUUCAUAAGUGAGUGGUCAAUGAAUCAGCAGUGAUGUUUAUCACCUGAAACUAUUCGAAGCAAAAUUAUCAAAUUUGAUAGGUUAUAGAAAGAGGCGAGAACAAUGGCCCAGUCAUCGUCAAGUGGAACAUCUUCACGGAGGUAUGGAAAGGAUCAUGAAAGUGCACCAAACUCUCGUUUAGCCUAUGCUGACAGUGAAUGGGAAACCAAAGAGGCGAUGCGACAAAGGGAGUUGGAAGAGGCGCGAGCUCGUGCAGCUCAAAUGGAGAAAACAAUGAAAUGGUGGUCAGACUGUACAGCGAACUGGCGUGAGAAGUGGAGCAAGGUUCGAAACGAAAGGAACAAAGCCCGAGAAGAGGCCAAAUUGCUUCGCACAAAAUUAGAGAUAGCAGUGAAGGACGCUAAUAGUUACAAGCACGAGUCCCAAGACUUAGAAAUGCAGAAUGAAGAAUUGCGAAAAGAAAUGGAGAAAAUUCACAUGGUGCUACUAAAGCAUGCGGGUCAAUUCGACAGGCAGAUUGUCGACAUAAUCGAGUCAGACCCACAGCUGCGCAAUUCUCUGGGAAUAGAUGAUCUCGUUAAGCUCUAUAACAACGUAGACAAGUCGCCGAAGAUCCACUCGCCAACACAAAUAACUGUUCGAAGUCCUCGAGAGGAAACUGAAGGAUGUAUAGAUUCAGAAGGUCAGGGAACUGACCGAGACAUCGAGGAAUACAUUCUUCAGGGGGCUGUACCAAAGCACGCAGUUGAACUAUACAAAGAGGGAUCCUUGGUAAGUCUUGAAAGAGACAUCACUAAAUUGAUGAGAGAGAGCAGCAGAUUAGAUCCCCAAAUGGAACGAUUGAAGUCCCCAUCGACUAGUGAUCCGGAAGAAUCAGUGAAGAGGCCAAUGAUGAUGCUGAAUCUUGAACUUGAAGAAACGACAAAAGCCAUAUCUGCCGAGAGAAAUGAGAAUACAUCUCUGCAUCGAGCUAUUGAGAAAUUGAAGGCUGAAGUUGGACAAUUGAGAGCACGGUGCAAAGAGCUUGAAGAGAGUCGAGCUGAAGCUGUUAGGGAGCUUACCAGCAUGAAGGAUCAGUAUGAGAUCGAAAUAAUGUCAGCACAAGCUGACCUUUUGGAGGAAGCAUCUAACAGAGACGGUAUGGAGCAGAGAAUGAAUGAGCUUAGGGCUGAGCUCGAGAGAUUGCAAGCUGAGAAUGCCUCAGAAUGGGGUAAACGAGAGCGUUUGGAAUCGAAAAAGUUGUCUCUUGAGAGAGAAAAUAAACAGCUGAAGAGUGAGUUGAAAGAUUGCCAAGAGAAAAUAGAACCGGGCAGGUUGAGGCUCAGUUCGACUAUCGAUACAGAUGUAAGACAGCUGCAGCAGCAUUUAGUAGACCUUAAAUACAUGAACUCAAAACUUAAAACAAGACUGGGUGAGAAGACAACCGAGUUAACACAUGCAAUGAGGAGGUCAGAGCAGUAUGAAUCGGAAGUUAAGAGGGUGAGGUUCAGGGUCGAUGAACUCAAGAAGGAGCUGGCUGUCGCCCAGGAUGAGGUUGAUGUGGCUUCCGGCAGUGUGAGGAGGCUUCAGAGGACUAACGAGGAUCUCAUUGAAAAGUUGGAGUCUGCUAAUGUUCAAAUUGAACAUUUUAAAAAUAGCUCCGAAUCACGCGUUCCUCACGGUAUAUCUACGAUGGCACAUCAAAAUAGAGAUGAUGAGAAUGACGAAUCGAUAGCAGGUGAAUUACUCUUAACUUUUGAUAAAUUAAUAAAUUGAUAGUAUUGGGGAGGUUUUAAUAUUAAUGCGCCAUAUUGUUCAAUUUUUAGAUUAAAAGCAACGCGUUUAGCACAAGUACAAUAAAAACUAAACAUUCCCGACUUAAGCGACAGCAAAUAUGCCUGAUUUUUUGUUACGUUUUUAUUAUUUCUUUUUAAAUUGUUUUUCUCGUGAUUUGUAAAAUUGAUUUUCGCUGCCGAGUAUGCGCUGCUCGUGAUUUGUAUAUAUAAAAAAAAUUGUACCUUAUCGAAGACUGAUGAUCCGAAUAAACACUGUGACGAAGAAUAUGAUGUAUCUAACCAAUGGAAAUUAAUUACCGUGAAUUAAAGUUGAAAAGAGGGAGUUGUAAAGCCCUCAGUCGCUUGUACUGUUGAUAAAUUCAAACAAAUAAAUUACAUUUUAGAAUUCAAA